AGCUCAGAGGAACGCGAAUCACCGCUAGAAGACACCCAGGUCCAUUUACACAGAUCUUCAAGUAUAUAUUUAAACGAUUAUAUACCCAAGUAAUUCACUGAAUGCGAAGCUUAUCUUGCCCGAACAGAGUCCAGUUGUUAGAGCCGAGAAUUGCUUCCCGUUCAGUACAGUUGUACAGCCGCAAGUAAUCGCCAGUAAAAAAGUCGGUGCUCUUCUUCCGCACGAAGUCCGGGAAAUCCUGCUCAUCCAGUCCUCAUCCAGCUAAAAAUGGCAGCAAAAAGAAUGGAUUUGAAUAAGCGCACCUUUCUGGUGCUGAGUGGCAGCUCGAAUCCUUUGGGUCAGACACUGGCUCUGCAGCUAUGCAGUCGCUUGGCACCCGGAUCUGUUGCCCUUAUCCUGGACGAUGAUCAGGAGAAACUUGCUUCUUUGGAGCAGCUUCUCAGGGAGCUGCUGAAGCCGGAUAUAGUCCAGCUGAAGACGGGCAAGCUGGAUGAGCACCAUUCGAAUGGUGUAGAGCUGAUGGAGCAGGCCUUGAAGCAAGCGGAGGAUACCGUCUUCGAGCGUUCCAUUAUCGUGCACAACGAGGGGGUGGCCGCCACCGAAGUGCUGAUGGAGCCACAGUUGUCGCAGGAUUGGACCGCCUACGUCCAGCAGCAGUUGUAUGCCCCGGUGGCCCUGAAUCAGCGCUGGCUUCACUGCAAACAAUUGACUGACGUGGAGAAGCUGGCAAUCAACGUGACCUCGUCGCUGCUUGUGCGUCCGUUGAUCCACAGCGGUCUACUCUGCUCCUGCAAGCGUGCCAGGGACAUGUACUUCCGUGCCAUGGCUUCUGAGGAGGCACGCCACAAUGUCCAUGUGCUUAGCUAUGCCCCUGGCUUGCUUGACUCCCAUCAGACCCAGUACGAUGUCAACGGCAAUAUGAUUAACCCCGAAUCUCUGGUAACGUCGUCCCAGAUGCUGCAAAUGCCACGCGCCCAGCCGCUGCAGGCCACCCUUAAGCUGAUCAAUAUUCUAGAGAAGAUCUCCUUUGUUUCCGGCCACGAUGUCGACUACUACGACACAUUCGUUUUAUGAGUAGAAACCAGGCGGUGGGCUGUGUCCCUGCUGGACUCGGUUCUAACCAUGGUCAACGACUUGGAAGCUGUUUUCGAUUUAAUUGCUUGGGAAAUGAAUAAACUUUGGCUGCUGACCCCGGUACUGGAGGUGGAGAAGAGCGAGGCACACGAAAAGGAAACUGAAAAACAAAACAAA